UGCCCCGGUCCUCGCCUCAGCUCUGCAGACCUGCAGCACAGGCCAGAGACGUGGAUGAAAUGGAAGGGGCCACACGUGGCAGCAGGCCUGGCCAGGAGCACCCAGGGAGACAAGGGCCCUCCCAUAGGGAAGACCCAGGGACGGACUCCAAGGGACACCUGCCCUUCCAAGGGAAGGAAGAACAUCGCCAUCCCUCUGAAAGGCGGGCGACGAAGGGAAUCCUGGAGACCGCAGAGGGCUCUCACAGCAGAGAAGGGAUCGCCAAGCGGAGCCUGCGGGCUGAGGGCUCCAGGCUGAAGCGGGGGAGAAGCCCUGAGGGCCCCCGUGGCAGUCGCCACCAAGAAAACGGACACAGACGGGGAGAAGAGAAGGUGAGGGGACGACCAUCCCCAGCUAAGGGGAGACCAAAGGACAAGGCUGACCCCAGCAGAGCAGGACGUCAGGGCAGAGGAGGUUCUGCCCACACCGCCCUGCAGCUCAAGAACAGGAGGACCCUGCCCGGGUCUCCAGAGAGGACCGCCGGCGGCGGACUCCUCCAGGACAGGCGAGAGGCCGGGCCCGCCUCCCGAAAGCGCCGCCACCACCUGUCGCCAGAAGCCCGCGCGCCCCUGUCGGGGCCCCUGUCCCGGCUCUUCAACCACGUGGGCGCGCUGGACGUGGCCCUGGGCGAGCUGCGGGCUCCCGGAGGCGCCUUCCUGCCGCUGCCCGCCCGCGGCCCGCAGCCCGCGGCCUCGCAGCGCGCCUGGCUCGCCUGGCAGCUGACGCAGGCGGGGGCGACCCUGCACGGGGCGGGGGCUGCGCUGGACGCCCUGCUCGCUGCCGCGCAGCCCCGGCCCGCCUGCCCGCAGCCUUCCCUGCCGGCGGCUCCGGGGCCGUAGGGAUCGCGCCCCGAUCCCGAGCCCGCGUCCUCCGCCCUUCCCGGGGACGCUCCCGUCUGCCCCGGAGCCCGUCCCGACUCUGCCCUCCCGACUCCCCGAGCAAGGGUCCUUGGCGGCAGUGAGCACACCCAGGCGACGAGCUCCCUCCCACAGCGCUACACCAUCCAACUGUCCGGGAAACA